AUGCAUCGCCAAAGCAAGCCCUCGGGGUGGCGGCUCGUCGAAGCGGGCUUGACAGUCGCGUUCUUGCUCUCCACAGCAGCGACAGCGGCCGAGACGACCGCAUCGGAACUGCCCUUCGUCUUCAAUUCCGGCCAAUAGUGAGCCCACAGUUUACGAUUCUUUUCCAAAGAAAAGUGUGCUUAAUGCUGAACUCCCUCUUCAUACAUUUAUAACCUAACCCCACCGUGGUGAUCAUCAGCUCACGCUACAAACCUUUGAGCGAGUAUUCUCGUCCUCCGUCCCGAUGCACCGUCGAGCAGGUAUGUACAGACUUCUAAAGCAAGAGAGAGCGGUAAAAUGCUCUUUGCUCUACGAAGCAAUAAAACUCAUAGGACUGCGUCUCCGCCAUUGCUUCCUAGGUCAUCGUCCUCCAGCGCGGCGGAGCGAGUCUUCCCGACAGCAAAUUGGGGACUUCGAUCCAAGCUUCGCUCGCCAAGGUCGUGGGUAAGGGCAACUACUCCCGAACGGAGAUGGACUUUCUCGGUAACUAUACUUUCGACAUGGGCUCGAACGGGGCGUUACUUCCCUAUGGAGAAGCACAGUGAGUCUUGUUGGAUACUACUCGCCAAGCAGCCUAAAUCAGUGGUUCGCUCACCGAUUACCGCCGGCCCCUAGAUCGAAACAAGCGGGCGUACAGGUCCGCAAGAGGUACUGUCAUUCCAAAGGUCUUACCGAAAGCGAAUGUGCGAACUAUUGGAUCUCCACCACGGUAAACCUUCAACCCUUCCCCUUGGCGAUCUCCUCCGGAGUGGACUCGGGGAAAGCUUCCGUGCUCAUUCUGCGCCCUCUCUGGUGAACCUCACAGGACUCAUCAGCUCUGAUCGACUCGGCUAAAAACUGGGCUAACGGACUCAUGGAGGGGACCGGCAAAUCUACCCGCUCACCACGCAUCAUCCCCGAAGGUGAUCACCUCAACAACACGCUCGCGGCAAAAUGUCCCAAACUCGUUAGUUCGGUCCCGAGUGCGCAGCAACAAUGGAGGGACGUAUGGACACCGGCGGUCAUUCAGAGGUUGCAAUCUGGGCAGAGCUAUGGUUUGAAUAGCACAGUGAGUUUGAAGGGUCGCGUUACAACAUAUCCUCGCGGCUUGUGACGAAAGACGGUCCUAACCCACCAUCGUUGACUCCUCAAACCAAGGACAUCAUCAACUUUGCCCAUCUCUGCGCCCUCGAAUCCCUCGCCACCUCGGACCUAUCGCCCUUUUGCGACCUCUUCUACCCCUCCGAAUGGUCCUCCAUCGAAUACGACGCCGACCUCGAAAAAUACUACUCCCAUUCAUACGGUGCCCCUCUCUCUCGUUCCCUAGCCGUAGGCUACCUCCACGAACUCUUGACACGAUUAACGAAAAGUCCAUCCUUCGUGGAGAAGGAUCGAACGACGGUGAACAAUACCUCGGAUGCGAGAGAAUCAACCUUCCCGCUCGAUCGAUCGCUUUACCUCGAUUUCACUUCCGACGAUCAAUUACUCGCCCUUUUAACCCUCCUCAAUUUAUUCCAUGACGCUCCCCUAAGUCCCACUUUACCCUGUCCUAUGCGAUCGUUCGUCACGAGUCGAUUGAUCCCUUUCGGUGCGAGCUUGGUCGUCGAACGUUUGGCGUGUUCGGGUAAUGGUUUUUGGGAUGAUCUCGCGGCGAAAUUCAGUGGGCUACCGACUCGUUUCGUGAGAGUUGUGGUCAAUGAUCGGGUCAUGAAUUUGGCGGGCAUUUGUCCAGAGGUACGUCGUAGAAGAAGUCUACUUCCCCACUCCCUUUCCCCACCCACGCAACCACUAAAUCACCGUUCUCAACGAUCCUUAUUUUUAGGACGAACUCGCCGAAAGUGAUACGAUCUGUCGUCUCGUCGCGUUCCAUAAAUCACUCACUCCAACGCUCCAAGAAGCGACGAAGGAAUUCGCGCGAUGCGCGUACGUUCCCGCGAAUCUUUGGGAGGGGUUACCGAGGAAGAAGUUCCAGUCGGGGUUGGGGAUUUAG